AUGUGCGUUGUUAAUGUUGCAGAGAAUGAUGUGACUACGGUUUCAGUUGCACAGCAGAGGAAAGACGAACAGUAUCCUCCAUGGAAGACGAAACAGAGAAAACAGAAGAAGCACUUAGCAAUGGUGGAAAGGCUUUCGAAGCGCCCCCAAAGGCCGUUCAACAAAGCCCGAAUUCUUCAACAGAAUACUACCCUCUCCGUCCUUUCACACUUCUCCCAACUGAAAACAUCCAUAGAGUUCCAACUCAACAAUCCCAAUCUCUUUCUCCGAUCCAACCAAAACCUCAAACUCUUUCCAGAAAUCUCCGAAUCAACUCGAUUUGGAAAAACUCGUCGCCCAAACUCCUACCUCCUACCCUCUUACGACGUCCGAAACCUCCUCAAAACCGUCUCCGACCUAGACAAUCCCUCCAAAACCAUCACCAACCAACUCAUCCCCAACAGAUUCUCCUUCAAGAAUAAACCCACCAGAAGGACCCCAAGGACACCGCAUUCCGCAACCCAAACAACCCCUCAACCCCUCCAUUCCCGACACGCGCCUCGCACGCGCGAAUCUCCCGGCUUCAGAAACAAAGUUGGUGAGGUUUUAGUCGCCGAGUUCAGGGGCUCCGAGGUAGGGGAAUUCGCCGUUUCGGAUCUCGAUUCCUGCGAAGUGAGGAUAAUAGGUUCCGUUAGGGCUUUUUGUACACCGGUUGAAGAUUGUAGGGUUUACGUGGGGCCCGUGACUGGCUCUGUUCUUAUUGAGGAAGCUGAGGGUUGCGUCUUCGUGAUGGCGUCUCAUCAGAUUCGGAUUCACUCUGCCAGAAAAAGCGAUUUCUACCUUAGGGUUAGGAGUAAGCCAAUAAUUGAGGACAGUAACGGCGUGAGGUUUGCGCCGUAUUGUUUGAGUUACUCAGGGAUCGAGGAGGAUCUUCGCAGCGCCGGUCUCGACACCGAGACCGGGAAUUGGGAAAAUGUGGAUGAUUUCCGGUGGCUGCGGGCGGUGCAGUCUCCGAAUUGGUCGGUUUUGCCGGAGAGUGAAAGGGUUGGGAUUGUUGAUGUAUCGAAUUUGAAAAAUGGGGAUGAGGAAAUUUGAUCCGAGUCUCAGCAUUGUUCCUUUUAUGUGUGAUUGAGU